AUGACAAAUUCCAUCACCACUGGUGUGGAUUUUUCGUUUCUCGAAGAGGAAUUGCGUCAACAACGCAUGGCGCGUGCCUUGGCGGCUUUACACUGCUCCCGGUGGGAGUACGGCGAGGCAAUUGACUGCUACUUGAACAAGGAGAAUAAUUUGGCAGAUCCGGGAUUGUCGAAGGGCAUCUUUUGUAUGCUUCGAGAGGAGUUAGUUCGGGGCCUUCGCUGCAGCGAUGGCGCGAUGGCGCAGCGCUUACGAGAUGCGGUGAUGCAUCGAAUCUCGCGUUUGGUAAACGUGGAUGCGACAUCGCUGGCGCAGUUUGUCCUGGAGCACCUUCAGGGAGAGCACGAGGAUGUGAUGAACAUCCUCCGCCGCUCCAGUGGGACCUUCCUCCGCUACCUUGACGAGUUGGUCGCGAAGGGAGAUCCGAUGGUAUCGAAUGAUGUAAAUCUGCAAAACACUUACAUUGAGUUGCUCUGCGCCCACGACCCGGCGCGCGUCUACCCGUACCUGCAUUCACACGACUCGCUUAUCACAUACGAUUUGCAUCUUGUGCUGGAAUCGGUGAAGCGGCACAAGAUCGCGGACGCUGCUGUGUUUCUGCUUGAAAAGACGCUCAUGAUUGACGAGGCGAUGGAAAUUCUUCUAGGCGCCGUCGCCGAAAAACUGCAUGCGCUGCGACAGGAGGUCUUAACCCAUGUUGUUUCCGUCUGUGGGAGGGGUGCCUAUUCCGCGUCCUUGCCGUUGCCAUCUUCUCAGAAACACGAUGUGUGGAGGACGGGAAGAGCGGCAGUGGUGGAGAGAAUACGAGGAGGGGAAGAUGAUGAAGGCGAGCAGCAGUACGUCCAUGGUUGGGCGGGUGAGGAGCCACUGCAGCAGGUGCUGAGAGUGGGUGUGGAAUUGUGUAGCAAGUACAAUGAGGACCGUGACUCGCAGUUGAAGAAGAACUGGUUUCGUCUUUUGGAUCUCUUUACGCGUCCGCGUCGUCUUUUGUGUGAUCGACAGAACCAGCACAACGCCGCGUUGCGGUUGACCUCGGGCACGGUGGAUGGAUUUGAAGACGAUGAACUCGGUGUGGCACUUACACCUGGAAGCGGCCUUUUCCCUCUUCUAUCCGGCCCCCUUUCGGCCUCGGGUGUGAUGUUUCUGGAGCAAAUGAUUGCCAUUUACACAAAGUAUGUUUCUUUUCUACUUACUCACAUGAUUAAGGUGAUGGACCUUUCCUCUGUCCUCUGCCGCAUCGUUGAGGACCACGAACGAGAGCGGUUUGGGCCGUUUAAGCCUGUCAUUGUGGAUAUCAUAUCCUCAUUGAGCUUUGAGUUGGAGGUCAAUCGUCUGUGCAAGACUUCUAUCGACAGUGACAUCAUGGCACUUGGAACGGAGCUUCACCGAAGCCUUAAUCGAGGGGUAGUAUCUCUCUCCGACACAUGCUACAUCUGCGAAGGUGGUCUUGCGGAGACAAGUGGUGAUGAGGGGGAAGCAUCGGUGCGACUAUUUACUUGUGGUCACGGCUACCACGAAACGUGCGCCAUGAACUUUGACAGCGGAGCGAAGUGUGCGCAGUGCUGCCGGGAACGAGGCGGGGAGAGUCAGCGCGUCGCCGUAAUAGUCCCACGUGACGGCGUAAGUGAGCGGACGUGGAAACGCAAGAAGACGGCGAAGGGGAGUCAGGACGACGUGGGCGGAGGUGGGGGGAACAGGGAGGCGGAGGACAAACGGAAGGAGGAGGAAGUUGCACGGGUCCUGCGGAGGUUGCGACACACGCGGGCGAAGCUGGAAGGGUCACGUGGCUACUCCGACCUCCUUUGCAGUUUUCUUUGCCCGAGCGGCCUCGCUGCGCCGCCGCGAGAGUUGUUGAAGGGGUCCGCAGAGAAGAAAUUGCUUGCACCUGCGCCGUCGUUUCCCAUUAGUCUCGGGGAAUUUUCUGCAGAGGUGCUGGACUUCGGCACCACCUUAACGGCCGGCCUGACGGACGAUGAGCUGCUCGAGAUAUUUGGAGCACAAGGAGAGGGCGAGGAGGAGGAAGAAGAGGGCGUGAUAUCGCUUGGGGACGAGGUGGAUUUUCACUUUGACGUCUCGCACUGA